AUGGCCGCAUCCACCCUGUCCGUCUGCUCCAGCGACCGGAGCUACGGCAGCCGCGUCUGCCUGCCCGGCUCCUGUGACACCUGCUCCGACUCCUGGCAGGUGGACGACUGCCCAGAGAGCUGCUGCGAGCCCCCCUGCUGUGCCCCCUCCUGCUGUGUGCCCACCUGCUGUGACCCCAGCUGCUGUGCCCCCUCCUGCCUGACUCUCAUCUGCACCCCUGCGAGCUGCGGGUCCAGCCCCUGCCAGUCAGCCUGCACCAGCUGCUGCCAGCCCUCCUGCUGCAGCUCCUCCCCCUGCCAGGAAGACUGCUGUGUGUCUCUCUGCUGUAAGCCCGUCUGCUGCACCCCUGUCUGCUGCACCCCUGUCUGCUGCAAGCCCCUCUGCUGUACCCCUGUGUGCUGUGAGGCCUCCCCCUGCUCAGGCUCUUCAUGCUGCCAGCAGUCUAGCUGCCAGCCCUCCUGCUGCAGCUCCUCCCCCUGCCAGGAAGACUGCUGCCAGCCUGUCUGCUGCACCCCUGUCUGCUGCAAGCCCGUCUGCUGCACCCCUGUCUGCUGCAAGCCCGUCUGCUGCACCCCUGUCUGCUCCGGGCCCUCCUCCUGCUGCCAGCCCAGCCCCUGCUCCUCGUCCUGCUGCGGACCGUCCUCCUGCGUGUCCCUGCUCUGCCGCCCCGUGUGCAAGCCCGCCUGCUGUGUGCCCGCCUCCUCCUGCUGUGCCCCCGACUCCUCCUGCCAGCCCAGCUGCUGCCGCCGAGCCUCCUGCGUGUCCCUGCUCUUUCGCCCUGUGGGCUCCCGCCAGGCCUGCUGUGUGCCCGCCUCGGCCCAGAAGUCCUGCUGCUGA